CUAGCAACCGGCCCCGCGUCCUAGCAACCGGCCUCUUCUCCUGCACCAUCAUGAACCCGAUCUACCCGCUGGCGCUGCCCAAGGGCCGAAAGCUGCGAUGCGAGGUUUGCGAAGCCCCCGCAGAGCGGGUCUGCCAGGGCUGCAUGGUCACUUACUACUGUGAUGUAGAACAUCAACAAGUUGACUGGGUCAGCAUUCACGAGAAGAUCUGCCAACUCCUCAUUCCUCUGCGUACUUCUUUACCAUUUUUUAAUUCCGAAGAGGAAAGAAAACAUGGCAUGGAGCAGCUGUGCCUUCGACAGAAGCAUCUGAUUGAGCUGACUCACAAAGUGGCCCAGAAGUUUCUCUUUGAAGGAAAAUAUGAAGAAGCCCUCCCCGCCGCGUUGCACUCUCUGCGCUUCAGCAUUAAUGUCCACGGCCUGAAUUCCGUUGAAUUGGUGCCGUCCUACCUGCUUUUAGCCGAGGCAAAUAUCGGCCUUAGUCGUAUUAUCCAGGCAGAAGAAUUCCUCUCAAAAGCCCAAUGGACUAUUCUUAAAUCACCGGAAUGCAGCGAUGCUAUCCUGUCUAAAUUACAUCGGAAUUUUGGAUUCCUCUGUGUAGCUAAAAGAAAUGAUGAUGAAUCCCUCUAUCAUUUUGCUAAUGACAUUUACUAUGCUAGCUGUGCAUACGGGACAGAAAACAUCAAUACAUCGGGGGAAUAUUUCUACAUGGCUAACGUUUUCUAUCGCCAGAACAAGAUGGAUGUGGCUGACUCUCUGUACGCUAAGGUUAUUGAGAUUUGGCGAAAACAUUUAGAUAAAUUAAUUCAAUUCCAGUUAGAUUCCAUCAAGAGUUCGGCCAAUAUAUUGGAAAGCGAAAUGGAGCCGAAUGAAGGUUAUCUGGAUGAGACCCAAGAGACGGAAGGACUGCAGAUUUUGAUGGCAAUCUUGGACAUCAGGGAGCGAGCCACCAAGCAGCAGCCUCUGAAGACAGUCCACGUCCUGCAUGUCCUGGCCAUGCUUCAUUACCUGAUGAUGGAUUUACCAAAGGCUCAAGAAUUUGCCACACGAGCCUUUCUUCUAACCAAACAGCUGGCCAAUCAAGGGGAGUCAGAAACCAUUCAGAAAUUAUUAAGACUAAUUAAAUCAAAACAAGCUGUCCCUGAGAAACCGAAGCUGCUCUCUUGAGGUAUUGAAGAGGUUGUCAUAAAAGGAUGUUGAAGAAGCUCUAAUGUUGGGUUCUGGGUAUUGUGUUUGUCUAGAAAAUUUAAGUUUGUGAUUCCUUCUGCUAAUUCGGGUUCUACAUAGCUCCAGUGUAACCAUAUGUAUAUUAGCUCUACAGUGCCAAUAAAGAAAAGGCUGAUUUUUGGUCAAGAGCUGGAGGUGAAAUCCA